AUGACAGAAGCAGCGACGGCCGAGAAGCCGCUCAUCAACUUUCUGCGCGGCUGGCCGCACGCGAGCCUGUUGGCGGCGGACCGUCUGCGCAUGGCAGCGAGUCACGUGCUAGCAGCGCCAGAGCUGAUGGCCGACAGUCUGCUGUACGGCCCAGACCCGGGCUACGAGCCGCUGCGCGAGCAGCUGGCGGUGUAUCUGAGCGCAGCCUUUGGAGCGCAUGGCGCACCAGCCGACCCGAAGCGCAUCUGCAUCACGGGCGGUGCCAGCCAGAACGUGGCCAAUGUGCUGCUGUCGUUUACGGAUCCGGUCUUCACGGCGGUCGUCUGGGUCUGCGCGCCAUGCUACCACCUGGCCUGUCCGAUCUUUGACGAUGCCGGCUUUGCAGGCCGCCUGCGGGCCGUGGCCGAGGACGACGAGGGUAUCGACGUGGUGCGGCUCGAGGAGGGCAUGGCGCAGCUCGAAGAGGGCACGACGCGUGCUUCUGCUGCAGCCAAACAACAUCUGCCACCCGAUCGCAAGGCCUAUCGCCACGUCAUCUACGUCGUGCCGACAUCGGCAAACCCGUCUGGCCGCACGAUGACGCUGGCCCGCCGGCAGGCCCUCGUGCGGCUGGCCCGACGCCACGACGCCCUCAUCCUGGCCGACGACGUCUACGACCUGCUUCAAUGGCCCGUUGCGGAUGAGUCAUCCUCGGCCUCAGUCGCCCUGCCACCGACGCUGCCACGGCUCGUCGACGUGGACCGCAUGCUGCCGCUUGACCACGACCACAGCCAUGAUCAGUCCUCGAUACGCUUCGGCAACGUCGUCUCCAACGGUUCCUUUAGCAAGCUCGUCGGCCCUGGCGUGCGCACCGGCUGGGCUGAGGCCACGCCGGACUUUGUCUACGGGCUCUCGCAGACCGGCAACACGCGGUCCGGCGGCGCCCCCAGCCAGUUGACCGCCAGCAUCGUCUGCGAGAUGAUGCGCUCUGGCGGCCUGGACGCCCACCUCAGCCACGUCGUGCGUCCGGCCCUGCAGCGACGCCACCGCACGCUCGUUACUGCCGUUGAGACGCACCUGUGUGAUCACGUGCAGAUCGAGAACCGCCAAGCCAACACCUACGGCGGCUACUUUCUCUGGCUGCGGCUGCGCCGUCAGGACAUCGCCGCCGCUGAGCUGGCCGCACGCGCCAUGGCAGCCGAAAAUCUCGUCGUGCCGCCCGGAUCCAUGUUCCGCGUCAAGGGUGACGAGGCGGCCGCGCCCUUUGACCACCAUCUGCGCCUCUGUUUCGCCUGGGAGGACGAGGACCGGCUGGACGAGGGCGUCCGGCGGCUGGCCCGCGUCUUCCGCGACUGGGACGCACAGCCAGCGACAACGACAACAAAUGAUCUGAGCGAGAGCUUCACAGACACGUUCAAGUAA